AUAUAUAGAUUUUUAUACACGCAUUUAUCUCGGUGUCUUUGUAUAUACACAUAUUUUUACACAGGUGUUCAUGUAUAAUUUGUUUAUGGAAAUUAAUUUCUUAGAAAGUAAACUGUUUUUCUGAUAGUAUCAUAGACAAAAAAUUUGAGUAAGAUGCUUGCUGUGAAAACUACAUGUUAGAUGAAUUGAAGACCUCUUUUAAGGCAUAGAUGAAGUGUGAAUUUCAGAUUAAAGCUUCCAUAGAUAGUCUCCAUGAUAAUAUGGGUAUAUACACUUUGGAGAAUUUAUUAUUGACAAGGUUAGUUUUUUACACUGUUAUGAUGCUUUUUGAAUUAUUAGCAAAGGAAAGUUUGAAAGUGGAAAUACAGAAUUUGGAAGGAAAACAUUUACUAAAUAAUGCUUUUAAUCUAGCAUUAGAUAGUCAUAUAUUAUUGAGAAGUAUCACUAUAGAUUUUAUUUAGAAGUUGGCACACAUUGAGAACUCAGAGAUGUUAAAGAAGAAACAAUUAAUUGAAAAUGCAGUUGAAGGAAGAAAGAUUAAUGACCAGUUGUCUUAACUAUUUGCAAGUAAACUAAAACCCCAGAGUACUACCAUUACAAAAUCCGUUUGGUUAUAACAAUUUAGUGAAUGCAGACCUUGAAAUGAAGUUUGUUUGGAAAAUCUCAAGAUGUGAUGUGAAGGGUACAAGAUUUUUUGGCAUAAAUGUAGUAUGCAAAAACACUUGAGUGAGGUAUCUGUUAAUAAUUUAACGGUUAGGUGAGCUUUUAUUUUAUUAUUAUCAUUAUUAUUAUUUUUUUACUCUGCAUUUCUUUUGUAGUUUUUUUUUUUCUUAUCAUUUGCAAUUAUUUUUUUAUACCAUUGCAAGAAGCUGUUGUAGAUACUCCCCCAACCUUUGUUUUUUGAUGAAAGAUGUAUUAUACUAUAUUUGAAUAGUAGGAAAUGCUAUGUUGAUAUAAGCAGUAAUAUCUGGAAAAUUUGAUUAUGGAGGAAAGGGUCGCUUGUGUAAAAGAUAACAAAUUAUACUGACUUGAUAGUUCAUUGAUUAUUUGGCUUAUAUAUAAAUCGUAGCCUAUAUGAUGCUUCCUUUUUUUAUCUUUGCUUUCAAGCGUAGACUGCAGUGCUAAAGAAUAAAUUGGUGACUGGGAUAUUUAAGAGACUAUGGAGUGGAUGGGUUGUUGGUGGUGUCUAAGUGGUGGUGUUUGUUGCAGGGGCGGGCAGGGCUGGACGCGGCGCUCAUAGCCAUGGGUGGGCGGACACAUCGCGGCUCAUAUGAUACCCGCCGGCCACACCACUGCUCAUUCUGUGGAAAGCGCUUCCUGAAUACAAGUCAUCUUCGUGAUCAUCUCCGCCUCCACACUGGAGAGCGUCCCUUCUCCUGCCGUACUUGUGGUCGUUCAUUUGUUCAGCGGCAGCAUCUACGGCAACAUGAACGUGCUGCCAAGUGCUCCAUACCUAUGUGCCUCACCUGCAAUCAGAGUUUUUCAUCUAGGGAUGCACUCACGUUACACAUGAGGAUGCAUCUCAUGCCACCCCCCAAUACCACCUCCACCACUACCACCACCACAACCACUUUUCCUCAGUUGAAGAGAGGCCUGACAUAUAUUUGUGUAUCGUUACAGACGAUGCGGUUAAUACUUGGGGAGUUGGGUGAGGCAGGUGGCGGGGCGCCGUUUGCUGACGGGGGAGGCGGAUACCCUCGGCGGGGACACCCCACUACAUCGAGCGCUGAAGCGAAUGUGGCUCCAGCGGUGGCUCCUGACCUUGACAUCUUGGAAUAUUGCUUAAGUGAUGCUGUAGGUGAUCAACUGCCUGUUGAACCUAGAUCCCCAAGGCACAAUACUCCUCGCACAGUGGGGGCGAGUGGUGUAGGGGACCAAGCAGUGGUGACAGGGGCCUUGCUAUAUCAGUGCAGACCUUUUGCAUGUCGAUUUUGUGCCAAACGUUUCAAAAGGAAAGAUCACCUUGUUGAACAUGAGCGAACCCAUACUGGAGAACGACCAUAUGUUUGCAGUGUGUGUGGUAAAAGUUUUGCAAAGAAAACUAAUCUGAAUACACAUUCCCGAAGCCAUCACCAGCAGCAGUACUGCCACCACCUCCAGGCCUCUUAAAUAGAACAUGAAUAUAUUGUUUCCACAUAUGUCUCAAGAAGAUUAUUAUAUAUUCUCAGUCAUGCAGUUCAACACCCCUGCCAAUUUCUGUAAUUGUCAUCUGUAGUAUGCAAGACUUUUUUUCCAUCAUAUAUAUAUAUAUAUAUAGAUAUGGAUAUAUAAUUUCUGAAAAAUUUGCUUACAUUUUUUAAUGUGAAAUAUCUGUCUUAUUUUAUAUUCUGAAAGAUUUAUUUGUAUAGGUUUGACUAUAGUUGAUGUAUUGAUAUAAAAAGAAAAUCAUUAAAAGGGAAAAGUUUC